GUGGAUGACCAGCUUGCUGCAAAGGCAGGAGCCCAGGAGCCCAGUCCUGCUGCAAAUGGAGCUGCCACGGGAUGUCUGAAGCUGCAGAUGCCAACCAAGCUGUGGUGGAGCAGGUGAGCUCUGCGACAUGGCCAGUGGCAAGACCCCCCGGCCCAUGAGGUCCUCCAGAAGGGCGGAUGGAUUCCAGAGCAGAGUGGUAGCAUCUCGUAAUCCCAAGCUGGUCAGAGAGGCAGAAGAGUCUCUCAGCAGCAAGCAAAGGCUGGCGAGGCCUCGGGAGAUGAGGCGGCCCCGGACUGCCCAGCUUCGGGACAUGGGUGAAGUCUGCCAUCAAAAGUUCUCAGCCGUUGAGCGGGACCAGAGGUCGUUCCAGCCUUUCCCAUCCGAGGUGGUGUUUGAGAACUACAUUCCUCACCAGUUCUACAUAGCGUCGCUAGCUCUGAGGAACAAAGACAGGGUUCCUCGUCUGCUGAACGUUCAUCCUGGGAACUCUCCUUACUUUGAGUUGAUCAGCCCAAGUGAUGAGGACUAUAAGGUAGCCCCGGGCACGUCUUCAACCUACCGCAUCCUUUUCCGACCUGAUGAGAACAAGGAUUAUUUUGAGGAGCUUAUCAUCAUCACAGAGAGGGAGAAGUUCUUUGUGCCUAUCCGAGCCAUAGGUGCCCGAGCCAGCCUGGACUUCCCUGAGCAGCUGAACUUCUCUGAGUGUCCAGUCAGGUUCAGCACCCAGAAGACUCUGCUGGUGCGCAACGUGGGGAAGCGGGAGGCUUUGCUACAGCAUCACCACUCUGAGGAACCAAGUACACCCGGUCUCUGGAGGCCACAAGUUCACGGAAACGGGAUUCAGAAGACUUUCAACUUGUCUCCUGUGAAACACGAGGGUCUGAGAGGAGCUUCUGCCAAAGGCUGCCCUUUCUCUGUGGAUCCCUCCAUUGGGACUCUUGGAGUUGGAGAAGCGAUGCAAGUCACGGUGGAAUUUCACCCACCAAAGACCGGUGUUUAUACAAGUCCCAUGAUUGUUCACUAUGACACUGGUGAAGAUGUUCACAAAAGCCUCUGUGGAACAGCUGUAAAUGCUGACAUCAGGCUUGACAAGAGCUCCUUGACAGUUGAGAAGACUUCCCUCACGCUGUCAAAGCAAAGUUCCCUGGUCAUCCACAACCAGAGUGGCAUCACGGCCCACUUCCAGUGGAAGCGUUUUGUUGAUGAGGAAGAGGAGGAGCGGCAGAAGCUGAGGCUGCAGAGGCAGGAAGAGGACAAGCUGGUUGAUGUUCCUAAGGAGCACGGGGUGGUCCCCCCUCUCAGAGAACACCCUUCCCUUCCCGUCUGCACCUCCCAGAGCCAGGGGACAGAGGUGCAGGGAGACUCCAUGCCUUUCUGCAGUGAUAUUUUCAGCAUUGUGCCCAUGCGCAUGUAA